UCCCCCCCCCCGCAAUGGCGGCUCCGGGGGGCGGGGCCGCGCUGGAGGAGGAGUGCGAGGUGGUCCGCGUGCGCGUCAAGAAGAGCGAGGGCUUGCAGCCGCCCGAGUUUCGCUCCUUCGCCGUGGACCCGCAGAUCACAUCCCUGGACGUGCUGCAGCACAUCCUGGCCCGUGCCUUCGACCUGCAGGGGAAGAAGAGCUUCUCCAUCAGCUUCGCCGCUCGCGACCCGCAGGGCCAGGAGAGCUUCGUGCCGCUGCUGAGCGAUGGGGACCUGGCGGCUGCCUUCGCCUGUGCCCGGCCCGCGCUGCGCCUGCGCCUCGACGUGCGGCCCCCAGCUGAGAGCCCGCUGCUGGAGGACUGGGACAUCAUCAGCCCGCGGGAGGUGGCAGCAGUGGAGCCGCUCCCUGAGCGCCGCUCGCUGCUGGCUGCAGCUCUGCCCUUCACCCAGGCCCUGCUGGCACAGGUUGGCAGAACGCUGGCCCGGGCACAGGCUGCCCUGGCAUGGCCUGAGGGGUCCCCCCCCUCACCCCCACUGCCGCCCCCCCCCUGCACCCCACUGAGCGAUGCCGACCUCCGCACGUACCUGGGCCCUGGCGGGCGGCUGCUGCGGCCCCAUGACCUGCGGCUCCACGUCUACCACGGUGGUGUUGAGCCCGGCCUGCGCAAGGUGGUGUGGCGCUACCUGCUCAAUGUCUUCCCGCCGGGGCUCUCAGGGCAGGAGCGCUUGGCUCACCUGCGCCGCAAGGCGGGUGAGUACGCGGCACUGAAGGAGGUGCUGGCGGCACGGGCGGCCCCUGGCGAGCUGGCGCUUGUGGCGGCCGCCGUGCGCAAGGACGUGGUGCGCACCGACCGCGGGCACCCCUACUUCGGCGGCCCCGAGGAGGGGCACCCGCACUUGGCUGCGCUGCAGGCGCUGCUCACCACCUUCGCGCUGGGCCACCCGCGCCUCUCCUACUGCCAGGGCAUGUCGGACGUGGCGGCGCCGCUCUUGGCCGUGCUGGAUGAUGAAGCUCAAGCUUUCCUCUGCUUCUGCUCCCUCAUGCGCCGCCUUGGACCCCGCUUCCGGCCCGGUGGCCGGGGCCUGGCCCGUGCCUUUGCCCACCUCCGGCGCCUCCUGCGCCGUGCAGACCCCCCAUUCUGGGCCUUCCUGGCUGCCCGUGGCGCCCACGACCUCCUCUUUUGCUAUCGCUGGCUCCUGCUGGAGCUCAAGCGUGAGUUUGCCUUUGAGGAUGCCCUCAGGGUGCUGGAGAUCACUUGGAGCUCACUGCCACCUGCCCCACCACCCCCCCCCGGUGGGGUUCCCCUCCUUGGGGCUCCCCUGGGCCCACGCCGGGCUUGCCGGGGGCUGCGGGAGCGGCGCGGGCUGAGGCCACGGCCCCCCCGGCGCCUCCGCCGGCAGCAGCAGCAGCGCAUGGGGGCUGCUGUGGAUGGGCAGGAGGGCUCCAGUGAUGGGUCCAAGGUCUCUGUGGGUGGCGCAGAGGCUCCCAAGAGGUUUGGGGAUGAGCAAGACACACCAAGGAGCUCCAGGGGUGUCCCAGAGGGGCUUGGGAGCUCCAGGGUUAUCCAGAGCUGUGGGGAUGAGCAAGAGGGGCUCCAGAGCUCCAACAUCAUCAAGGGUGGUUCUGGGGGCAGCUGCGAGAAGCCUGAGGUCUUUGGGGGUGGCCAAGCUUGUCCUGACCAAAAGGGCUGGGAGAUCUCCCAGGAUGUCCAUGGCAAUAACAAGGGCUCUGGGGAGGUCCCGGGUGAUGCCAAUGCCCCCAGGGGUCUCCAAGAGCAUCCCAAAGCCUCCAGUGAUGGUGGCCAAGAUGCCGGUGGCCUCAGGGACACAGGAGAAGGCCAAGAGCCAGGUGUCUCCAAGCAGACCCAUGGAGCUCACCCUGUCUCCAAGAAGCCACGUGGAGAUCGGGAUGCCCUGGAGAAGUCCGUCCAUGACCACAGUGCUUCCAAGGCGAUCCGUGAAAACCCCUAUGUGCCCAAAGACAUCAGAGGAGACCCUGAGCUCCUCCAUGUGCUUGGUGACACCCUCAAGGAGGUCAGUGGCAACUACUACUGCUCCCUUGGACAGGUUGGUAAAGGUCCCAGUGAGGUUGAUGGGGACCCCAGAGAGGUUGGUGUAGAUCCCAUAGAGGUACAUGAGGACCCCAUAGAGGUACAUGAGGAUCCGAUAGAGUUAUGUGAAGCCCCCAUAGAGGUACAGGAGUACCCCACAGAGUUACAUGAGGCCCCCAGUGCGGGCAGCACCCCUGCUGAGGACCCCUGGGGUGGUGCUUGGCCUUGGGAAGCCUCAAGUUCCUCUUCCUCUUCCUCCUCCUCUUCCUCCUCAGAGGACGAGGUCGGGGUGGAGGACGAUGGGGCCCCACUGCCGCCGCCAGAAGAGCUGGGCCAGGGGAACCCCUUCCUGCUCUUCCUGUGCCUAGCCAUGCUGCUGGAGCAGCGGGAGGUGGUGAUGGCACGUGCCGGGGACUACAACGAGGUGGCCAUGCACUUUGACCGCCUGGUGCGGCGCCACCACCUGCCCCGUGUCCUGCACCGUGCCAAGGGGCUCUUCGCGCGCUACCUGGAGGGCUGGGGGGGCACGCCCCCGGGGGGGCAUGGCACAGGGUAAAUGGAGGGGGAGAGGUAUGGGGGGGGGUGUGUCAAAAGGGGAAUGGGGGGGAAUGGGGGAAUGCCGUGAGUGAUGUGUGGGGGUUGUGGGGUGUCAUGGGGAGCCAUAGGGCAACGUGGGGACCCCCUGGACAGCACAUGGGGACCCAUAGGAUAACGUGGGGGCACCAUGGGGAGCCAUAGGGCAACGUAGGGACCCCCUGGACAGCACAUGGGGACCCAUAGGAUAACGUGGGGGCACCAUGGGGCCCUAGGUCAGUAUGGGGACCCAUAGGGCAAGGGGGGAUCCCAUGGACAGCACAGGGGGACCUGUUGGUCCUCUUUGGGGACUCCCAGACCACUGGAGAUUUCCAGGUCAACACGGGGACCUGUAGGCCCAUAUGCGGGGCCCCAUUGACCCCCUAUAGGGGACCUAUAAGGAACAAAUGGACCCCUUGGAGGCGCCCCAGUAUGGACCAGUAUGAACCACUACAUCCCAGCUGGGAACUCCUGGAUCUGCAUUGCCUUGGGCCAGACCGGUAUGGACCAUCAUGGACCAGGACAGGUCUGGGUUGGACCAGUACAACUCCAUCAACUGGAAUUGCUGGUUCGACAUUGCCUUCAACACUCCCAGUAUGGACCAGUAAGGACCAGCAUGGCAGCCCAGAGGGAGUUCUUCACCCAUGUGGCCUUGUGUCCUCCCACUAUAGAACAGUACGGACCAGUGGGGGGCACUGACUGAGAUCUAAUGCGCAUAUGGCUUCUUCCAGUAUGGACCAAUGCAGCCCAGAUCCUGCCGCCUGCCCUGGGUUCCUUUUACCCCCUCCUUAUUUAUUGCCCCCUCCUCUGGGGGGGUAUUUCAGCAUCUGGGAUCUGUGGGGUGCUGGAGACUUCAAUAAACCUGAUGCCUGUGA